UAGGGGGUGAACAAUCAGACAUGAACACCCUUUCAUUUUUCUUCAGAAAUCCAAGGUUUUAGAAAAAAUGUAAUAAUUUAAUGUUCAUCUAAAUAUCGAAGUUAAAUUUCAUCAAUUAAUGAGGUUAAUAGUUUUCCAAAUAUUUAAAUAUUCAUUUGAAAUCCAAUAAUUUGAAAAUCUAGUGUACAAAUAAAAAUAAAAAUCAUGGAGGACAGAAAAAUCAAGAAAAACGAAAUAAAUAUUCUAAUCAGCUUACUAAAUUUAAAAAAUCAAUAAAAAGUAUCGGAAAACCUGGUGAAAAACUAUGCGUUUGUUUAGUGCUUGCCUCCCAAAAUGUACUUUUGUAUUUAAAAGUUCAUAGUCAUCACGAAUAAUUUUCCGCAAGUAAAAGAAGCGUAGGAAAUAAAUAUGCUAUGGAGAAAGUGAAAAGAAUAAAUUGUGAGUUACACCUCAAAACAAUUUCUAACAAGAACAAAAGUGUACAAGUGAAGAUAUAACAGUCCAUAUAAUGCAAUCAUUGAAAAUCAAAUUUGAUAAGAACAUAUAAUUAACCUAAAGUAGUCGACUAUUGGAUCUAAAAAAUAAUAAAAAGAGAAAAAAAUCGAUAACAUUAAUUAGAUAAAAAGGAAGAGACAAACCUAAUAAACUUUUCAAAAGAAAAACCUAUACCGAGAUGUCCCGACAAGCAACAAGUGGAGGUGCAAGCGGUUCUGGCGUUGCUCCAACAGGAGUAAGUGCUCAACGUGGUGGUCCUUCGAAUAUGUAUUCUGCACGUCAUUCUGUCAGUUCGUCGAGCGGUGUUCUUAUGGUAGGACCAAACUUUCGUGUUGGAAAAAAAAUUGGAUGUGGAAACUUUGGCGAGUUACGUUUAGGUAAAAACUUGUAUAAUAAUGAACACGUAGCAAUAAAAAUGGAGCCGAUGAAAUCAAAAGCACCUCAAUUACAUUUGGAAUACCGAUUUUAUAAACUUUUGGGAUCACAUGAAGGAAUCCCUGUAAUCUAUUAUUUUGGCCCGUGUGGAAAAUAUAAUGCACUUGUCAUGGAAUUACUUGGCCCAUCACUUGAAGAUUUGUUUGACUUAUGUGGAAGACGAUUUGCGUUGAAAACUGUUAUUAUGAUAGCAAUACAAUUACUUCACAGAAUUGAGUACGUGCAUAGUCGGCAUUUAAUUUAUAGAGAUGUCAAACCAGAGAAUUUUUUAAUUGGAAGAAGUUCAAAUAAACGUGAUAAAAUUAUACAUAUAAUAGAUUUUGGUCUCGCCAAAGAAUACAUUGAUUUAGAUACUAACAAACAUAUUCCAUAUCGGGAACACAAAUCAUUAACGGGAACAGCUAGAUACAUGUCAAUAAACACUCAUAUGGGUAAAGAGCAAUCCCGUCGUGAUGAUCUAGAAGCACUGGGACAUAUGUUUAUGUACUUCCUUCGUGGUUCUUUACCCUGGCAAGGAUUAAAAGCUGAUACAUUGAAAGAACGUUAUCAAAAAAUUGGUGAAACAAAAAGAGCAACCCCAAUUGAAGUAUUAUGUGAAAACCAUCCUGAAGAAUUUGCUACUUAUUUGAGAUAUGUGCGACGUUUGGAUUUCUUUGAAACACCCGACUACGAUUACCUACGAAAAAUCUUUCAAGAUCUUUAUGAACGGAAAGGCUAUGCAGACGAUGGUGAAUUUGAUUGGACGGGUAAAGCUAUGCCGAGGAAUUUCGAAGCUUUAAAAGUAUUAAGAAAUGCGCCGCCAAGCAAUAUUUUAAGAACAAAAUCACAAAAGUCAACACCUGUGGGAUCAUUACAAACAGGACAUGAGAUUGUUGUGUCACCAAAUCGUGACAAACAUAAUCCAACUAAGGAUGGAGAAUUUUUUGAUUACGAGGAUGAAAAUUUUGAGAUGACAGAUGGCAUGUAUAUGAAUGAGACAAGUAAAGGAGGUGGCGUAGCCGCAUGGCCAGAUUUACCCAAGCAAGGGAAUUUGGGUAAUCUUACACCUGCUGAUAGACAUGGAUCUGUGCAGGUGGUGAGCUCAACAAAUGGAGAAUUAAACGCCGAUGAUCCAACAGCUGGACAUUCAAACACUCCAAUAACUCAACAACCUGAGGUAGAAAUGGUAGAUGAUACAAAAUGCUGUUGCUUCUUUAAACGGAAAAAGAAAAAAUCUUCCCGUCAAAAAUGACUAGAUUCACAGAAAGCUCCAGAUCAUGAGGUUGCUGUAACACUCUUGCGUGCAACAUCGCACUCAAAUUCUCGCGAUUCGUGUAUCAAUCCGUGUGAUUAUAUUCAAACAUCACAUCCAAAUAUUCGUUACACAUCAGCCUCUGUCCUAACAUCAACACCAACCAACAAUACAUCUACACUUCCUAUAUAAUAAUACGUGUCAUUGACGUUUCUUUUUUUCCAAGAAGAAAAUAAUAUCUACAUAUAAAAAAUAUUGUUAAAACAGCAAAAAAACGAAUAAAAACGUUUCAAUCUAUGAAAUACUUUUAGUUUUUAGAGCUAUAAAGGCUCAGAAAACUUAAUUGCAUCCAUUUUAAGAAAUCAUUAAAAGCCCAAAACAAAGCUAUUUCUAAUUUAAAUGAAUAAAAAACAUUAUUGUCCAUCAACAUUUUGAUUUUUAUAUAAAUUUUGUGAAGCUUCAUAUUUUCAAUAAAAAAAUUAUGCUACAUAUUAUUUAUUUUAACUAAACUUUCUUGAAACUGCUACAUAUAAUAUCAGGUUCUUCUGAAGUUUUUGACUACAAUUUUGAAUGAAAAAUCAACACAUUCAGAUCAUUUUCUUAAUGUGAAGGAUACAACUUUUUUUCUGUUAAAAACUUAUUGAAAAAGAAAUAAUUUGUAUUCACCGCAAAAGAAAAUCUUUUCAUUAUCCGCAGUAAAUAUCUGAAAAUUUAUUUAAAUAAAAUAUUUGAUCAAAAAAUUGUAUCUACUAAAGUGAUCAAAAAAUGUGUAUUUAUAGUAAAUGGUCGAGGAUUUUGUCGGACUGUCCGAAAUAAAACUUAGCGACUAGUAACAUCAUCUCAGCUUAGACAUUGCUAUAUGAAAUAGUUAUUAAAAUAUUUUCUACUUAUAAGGAAUGGAUUUAUAUUUCCCUAUAACUGGAUAAAAAAAGCUUUUGUGUAAAAAACAUUUGAAAACAUAAGUUUAAAAUCUUUGAAAUAUCAAUACAUUUAUUCUGUCUAUUUUUCGUUGUCAUAUUCUUACUUCGUCAUUCAAAUGCAUUGGUUUCAAAGUAAACUUCAGUCAACAGGUUCAAAAUUUAUAAGAAUUCUUUCUUUGAUGCUAGGUAGUAUGUAGUUUGAAUUAUUUUUAUUUUUUUUAAACAUUAAAAACAAGCAUCAUCAAUUUAACUUUUUUACAAGAUUUAUACGUUUACAACAUGAAAUGAACUUUGUUAUGGGCUGUUUUAUUACACAAUUCCCAAAUUCUCCAUUAAAUUUAAGUUAUGAAAAUUUUUAAACAAUCGCAUUCUCAAUUUUUUUUAAAAACAUGCAAAAGCAAAACUUUAAAAAAUUUUAGCUAGAAUUGUUAAGUGUGAAAACAAUGAUGUCAGAAAAAUGGCUUUUAAAGAGAAUUGUGGCAUAGUGAUUUUAAAAACAAUGUCAUAUGACCCGUUAUACUCUUCUGAUGAAAUAAAAUGAAAAAACUAAAUUUUGCUGAUACAUUUUAAACUAUCGAAAUGUGCAACAUUUCAAUCCUUUAAUUCUCGAAAAUUUUUAUUAUAUUUCAGCUUUGAAGUUUUUCAGUUUAAUGCAAAUAAAAAUCAAUUAUGAAAUGUAUAAAGCUCGUAACAGAACCUACGUUUAACAUUAACAAAUAUCUAGAAUGACACAGGUUUGAAUUUUUUUAAAUUUAUCAGCGAUGUGAAAGAA